CAAUCUGGCAACACUGGCUGCAGCGCGUGCACCCGUUGGUGCCUCGGUUGGUCUCUUGAACAUCGCGAGGAGCGGAUGACCUGCAGAGACAAACACAAAGAUGGCGGCCGGUUCUGGAGCUGCAAGCGGCCAUGGGGCUCGCACCUCCACGGCUGCUUUGGAAGCGUCUCUGGACCGUCGUUUUCAAGGAGUAUCAAACACCAUGGAGUCGAUACAGGGGCUUUCAACAUGGUGCAUUGAGAACAAGAAAUACCACACUCUAAUUGUGCGGUACUGGAUGAAGUGGCUGAAGAAAUCGGACACUAAUCAUCGCCUGAAUCUCUUCUACCUUGCAAAUGAUGUAAUUCAAAACUGCAAGAGAAAGAAUGCUAUUGCCUUCCGUGCAGCCUUUGCAGAGGUCCUACCCACCGCGGCCUACCUGAUCAAAGAUGUGAAGGUGCGGAAGUCCGUGGAGAGGAUCUUCACCAUCUGGGAGGAGCGGAGCGUGUAUUCUGAGGAGCUUAUCACCCAGUUCAAGGCCGGACUCACCAAAAAGGACCGGGAGAGGGAGCGAGAAAAAGAGAGGCAGAAGGAGAAGGAGAAAGAGAAGGAGAAAGAGAAGGAGAAAGAGAAGGAGAAGGAAAAAGAGAAGAAGGAGAAAGCGAAAGAAAAGGAGGCUCAAGCUCCACCAGCUCCAGCCAACCCUAAGGCAGCCCUUAAGUCAAAGAUAGUGGCAGAGUUCACCCCCAGCUCGUUCAUAGACCAGCUGUCGCUGCACAAGAGGGCGAUGGAGGAGGAGGCGCUGAGGGAGAAGCAGCUGGAAGCGCUCAGGGUGGACGUCUGCAGCACCGAGGCCCUCAAGAGACUCAAAGACAAGGCCGGCGGCAACAAGUUUGCCACAGACUUCGAGGAAGGCAGUCUGAAGCUGCAGGAGUUCGUCAGCUUCCUGGAGGAGCAGCUGCCGACGGGGCCGCCCCUGCAGGACGCCUUGGGGAACGCAGACAUCUUCUACGAGAUGCAGUACAAGGAGGUCAAGAUCGUGGCCAAUGCGUACAACGCCUUUGCCAACCGCGUGGCUAGUCUGAAGAGGAAGCUGGAUGCCCUCAAGUCGUCCCUGCCUGGGCCCGAGGACUCUCCGAUCCCCUCCCCCUCGGAGGACGCCCCGUCGCCGUCCGGCUCCGACUCCCCCUUCAUGGGCUUGGUAGCCAGCAGGGCCCCCCUGGACCCUGAGCUUGAUGGCAAGGCCAUGGACGAGGGGGACCUGGUCCGAGACAACAGAGACCCAGAGGAUAUGGACAUGUCUGACGAGGAGGGGGGCUCUAGCAAAUCAGUUGAUGAAAAGACAGGGAAGGCAUCCCCUGCUGUUUCCAAGACGACCAAAGUGGGCGUUCCAUCAAAGCUUAAUCUCCCAGACACCACAAUGAAGUCUCCCAAGACCACUCCCCCUGCCUCGGCCCCAACGCCACUAUCCCCGAUGGCUGUCACUCUCCAGAGCACCCCCACCACGACGCUGGGGGUCAACCUGGCCAACGUGGACCUGGGGAAGAUCAGCUCCAUCCUUAGUUCCAUUACCUCUGCCAUGAAGAAUACAACAGCAAGCCCCUCAUCUCGGCCCUCUCCUGGCACACCCACUACGCCUUCGGGCCAAUCAACAGCCUCCAAAGCUGCCCCGCCAAGUCCCGCCCUGGCCAGCAUCCUGUCUCGUGUUGACAUCACUCCCGAGGGCAUACUCAACGCUCUGACGAAGACCAACACCUCUGGGUUGUCUUCGCUGCUGCAAAAUGUUAAAAAUUCCAACCGUACUUCCCCAGAAUCCUCAGCCUCAAAGACCCCCGUCACGCCGACCACCCCUAAAAACAAGCCCUCCCCGGGCAACAGCCUCAAACGGGACACCCCGGGCUUAACCAGAGAUUGGGAGAAAGGGACGGAGUUGUCCCCUCCUCCCCCACCGCCCCCUCCCUCUCGCCCCGCUGCUCCCUCCGUCGCUGCCCCCAGCCUAGAGUCCAAGAUCAACAGCUUCCUGCAGGGCAACCCGGGCUUCAGUCUGGGGCUGGGCGACUCGAGUCCUCUAGGGGGCGACUGGGUGGAAGGCACCCCGGUGAGGGACGAGGCUGCGGGCACCCCCACUCAGGACGAGAUCAUGGACACGCCCGCGUCGGACUCCCUGGGCUCGUCCGCGGGUCACAACCUCUCCCCCACCGCCUACCGCAGUGACCCCUGGGACGCCGUCAUCACCCCCACGUCCAACAGCAAAAACGAAGACUACCUGGCCUCCUCUUCCCGCUACGGCCCCGGGCGGAAGACCUCCAAACAUAAGGAAGAGGAGGGCACGAGGAAGCAGGCCCCCUCCUCCUCCGCCCUGGUAGAGGCGCUGAAGAUCAAGGAGGAUGCACUGAGCACCCAGCUGAAGGCCCUGAGGAACGCCAGGCCCGUGCUCGAUAGACGGCCCCCAUCUGGCUCUCGCAAGGCCGGCCCCGACGACGGGGCCCGGGGAGGGAAAAGAGACGGCAAGGGGAAAGGACGUGAGGGCUUUUCCCCGGGGAGGGAGGGGAAGGAUCGUCCCUUCCACCGCAUCGAGACACUGGUGUCGCCCUGCACAGAGGCAGCGGCCGCCCCUGCUCUGGGUUACCCCAACGCAGCGCUCACAGGGGAGCGCAUCCAGACCGUAGAAAGCAUCCGCGUGAUCGGCCGGGACUCGAGGCACGGGGGCGGGCCGCCUGGCCGGCAGGGGCCCGCCAUGUGGUAUGAAGAGGAGGAGUACAUGGAUGCCCAGCCCCCCUCUCCCCGUUCUGGACCCCCGGGACCUACUACCUGCAAUAUGGGCCAGUCGGGCUCCGAGGACAGGGCGCCCCCGAUGCCACCGCAACAUCCGCAUCCGCCACCGUCCCCUCACCACCUCCCACAGCACCAUCAUCCUCCUCUCCCCCACCCUCACCACCCUCCUCCCCAGAACCAGUUCCAAAUAGCGUACCACGGGGAAAGCAUGCAAGCACCAUCCCACCCUCACCCUCACCCCCAUCCUCACCCCCACCCUCACCCCCACCCCCACUCCCACCCCCACUCCCAACAGCCUCCUCUCGCUGCCUUCUUCGGUGGUCCUCCCCCACCAAUUCCCCGACCCCCUCCCCCUCCCAUCCCUCAGCGCCCGCCCCCUCCUCACAGCUUCUCCGGCAUCCCCUCUGCGGUAAUGGUGGGUGGAGUGCUAGUGCCUGUCGACCGGCCCCUGCCCCCCCCUCACCCUGGUCGCUCUGAUGGGCCUGUGCGAGGCGGGACCGGGGUAGGACCUAGAGGGGGCAAAGGGGGAGCUCCACCUCCCCUGAUGUCAUCGCUACUCGGCGAGGCCCCUAAGAUGCCCCGUCCUGGCACGGUUAAAGAGCAUUUUGUACCCCGCCAUGCACCCCCCCUGCACCGCCCCGGCACGCCCGGGGCUCCCCCGCCCUUACUGGGCAGGGUGAAUGAGCCGGCAGGCCGAACUCUCUCCCACUCCCGCUCUCCCACCCCGCCGUCCCCCAACACGCCAUCCCCUAGCUCAGAGUCUGCGCCUCCCCGCUCCUCUGCUCCCGGCAAGGGCCUUGCCCUCCUGAAGCCCCCCACUAGCCCGCCGGCACACCCCCGCAGCCAAGGCCCUAACAGCCGCGGCCCGCUCCCCCUGCUGCACUUGCACGGUGCUCGGCCCCCUAUCCUCCCUCAUCCCAUUCCCCAGAGACCCAUGCUGCGUGGCCGGGCCCCUGCUCCAAGCCUUCACAAAGACCACCCCGGGGGGUACCGCGGCGGCAAGCGCCCUGGCCCUCCCUAUACAGGUCCCUUCCAUGCACCCAAGAGACCGUUCCUACCCCCGCGCUACUGACGUGGUCGUCUGCGAGAAGCCGCGGCGCUAGUUGCAUCCAACACGGCGUUGGUGUGUUUGUGUAUAAAAUCAUACUGGUAUGAUCCCAGUUAUCUUCACUAUACGUAUUACUCCUCGCAGUUCUCAUCUUUGGUGUAAAUAGCUUGUUGAUACAAACCAAGUAGCCAACUCAGUCAGCUUGUACGGUGCAGCGCAGUAGAGUCGUAUCGCUGCUUAUUAGUUCUCUAGUGCAGGGUGUUACCAGCUCCUUAACCUGCCUCCUCCUUCCCCCUUCAGCUACAGGAGAUGAGCUUGUGGGCACCUGGGAGAAGGCUCACAAACAGUUGGAGUAGAAAGGAAACCACAGGUGGUUAUUCUGUUUUUUAAGUGAUUCUCCCUUUCGCCUUGUUUCUGUUUCCUUUCUCUUUC